GACCACGAGGCCGUGAUCCGGGCUGCGGACGAUGCAGCGCGCCGGCACGAGAAGGAGAUCCGGGGGUUGGCGCUGCAGAUGCAGUGGAUGCAGGCGCGCUGGGAACGCGAAGCGAAACUGCGCAACGACGCAGCGUUUGCGAAGAGGUUCCUGGAGCUGCAGUUGAGUCUGGCAGAAGCUUGCAACAAAGCCGACCUGCGCAUCCUCUCGCAAAUUCACCAGAAACUCGGCAUCAAGUCCCCCGACGCCUUGCUAUCAGCCUCGAAAGCAUCCAACCCCGAGUCGAAAUCCCUCACUCUCCGCAAACAUCAACCCCCUACCCGCGCGCAACAUAAUCUCAUGAUAUUCGCCACCGCCGUCCGCGCCAUCGUCCGGAUGCAAGUCAGUGCCCGUGCGUGGGGCAAGCAUGAAAAGACACGCGUGCGGCUCGUGGAGGCAUGGGAGGAGACGAAAAGGAGAGAGCCGGCGGCGAGGAAGUGGGAUGGGAAUGAGAGUCUUAACCGCAGUAACAGCGGUAGAGGCGACGGCAGGGGUAACAACGGCAGUAUGCAUGCUGAGAAGAGGGAGGAGAGGAAGAGAAGCACGGCGGAGACGACUUCGGACAUGGAUGAUGCCGAUCCUUGUGUUGAAGUCAGAGUCUGAAUCGUUAAUGUCCGUUGGGUUUAAGUUUUCCUGGAGUGGCAGCUGGGGAGUAUUGGUUGGGCACGGGGUUGCAUUGUUCCAUUGUUGUUCAACUCGACUUCUCCAGUUCCUUUCCAAGGCGUUGGGGGUCAAGGGCUCAGGAAGGAUUGUUUUUCCUUUUUGUCGCCCAGCCAGGUUACGUACACAUUUUCAUGUUGGAGUUAUGUUUACGAUCGGCUGGCAUUGUGUACAACGCGUUCUUUGCGUUUAUAGGAUGGCAAUGAUCAUUCUGCAUAAGGGGUCGGCGGGCGGUAAAACAUUGGUCUUACUUUAUUCGAGACUGAUAUAAUGCAUUGACGAAUCCAC